UUCAAUCAAGUGAAAUUUUGCAGACCCAUUCUCCUUUUAUCUUUAAGGGCAUGGAUGAUUUUGGAUCAGUACAGAAAGAAGUCAAAGCUUUUUCGGACCAAAAUUUUAUUGGCUCCACUAGGAGAUGAUUUUCGCUAUACUGAAAGUUCAGAAUGGGAUCAGCAAUAUCAGAAUUAUCAGAAGCUAUUUGAUUAUAUGAAUUCUCAUCCUGAAUUCCAUGUCAAGGCUCAGUUUGGAACAUUAUCAGAUUAUUUUGAGGCGCUGCAUAAAGCUGGUAAAUUGGAUGAAAAGAGCAGUAAUUCAGUGUUCCCUGUUUUGAGUGGAGAUUUCUUCACCUAUGCAGACAGAGAUCAUCAUUACUGGAGUGGAUAUUUUACAUCACGACCUUUCUACAAGCGCUUAGAUAGAGUUCUAGAAUCAUAUUUAAGGGCUGCAGAAAUUCUGUAUUCUUUGGCUGUGGUACAAUCCAGAAAGUUUGAGAAAACAAAAAUAUUUCCUUCAGUCGAAUACUACAGAUUGCUGACAGAGGCUAGAAGAAAUCUGGGACUUUUUCAGCAUCAUGAUGCCAUCACAGGAACUUCGAAAGAUUGGGUGGUUGUAGAUUAUGGUACAAGGCUUUUCCAUUCAUUAAUGAACUUGAAGAUGAUCAUCACUGAAUCUGCUCACAUUCUUAUUCUAAAGGACCAAGAAAUGUACAACUACAACACAGCAAUACCGUUCUUUACAAUGGAUGUUACUCAGUCUUCACAAGACUCUUUGCCACAUAAGACUGUCAUACAGCUGGGAAAACAGCCAAGGUACCUUUUGAUUUAUAAUCCUGUAGAACAAGAACGUUCGUCAGUGGUUUCAGUCUAUGUGAAUACACCUAGAGUUAAAGUACUCUCUCCAUCUGGAAGAGCAGUUAUGGUCCAACUUAGUGCAGUAUGGGAUGGAACAUCUAAAAUCUCCUAUGAUGCAUACCAGAUCUCUUUCUUGGCUCAUCUACCUCCUUUGGGUUUUGGAGUUUAUGAGCUUCUAGAGGGAUUGAAUUCAGAAACUGCACUGGCUGAUUAUAAUCUGUAUCAUAAUGAUAAAGCUAAGUUAGUCAAGCCAUACAGAAUUUUUACUGUUAAAGAGGUACAGAAUGCUUUGGAUGAGAUCAUGUUAGAGAACUUUUACAUGAAAAUCUGGUUCUCUGGGAAUUCUGGACUUGUUGAGAAAGUAAAUACGAAAGAAGAUAAUAAAAAUUAUCGGGUAAAGUUGGACUUUGCUUGGUAUGGAACUACAAGCAACAGAGACAAAAGUGGAGCUUAUCUCUUCUUGCCAGAUGGAGAGGGCAAGCCUUAUAUUUAUUCUGAUCCACCUAUCAUACGAGUGACACAUGGGAGAAUUUUUUCUGAAGUUACUACUUUUUUCAGUCAUGUGACUCACACUGUACGACUUUAUAAAGUUCAUGGAUUAGAAGGUCAGUCUCUUGAGAUAUCCAAUAUUGUGGACAUAAGAGGAGAAUACAACCGUGAGAUUGCAAUGAGAAUUUCAUCUGAUACAGAAAGCCAAAACAAAUUUUAUACUGACCUCAAUGGAUACCAGAUCCAGCCUAGACAGACAAUGAGCAAAUUGCCUCUUCAAGCAAAUUUUUAUCCAAUGGCUACAAUGGCUUAUAUCCAAGAUAGCAAGAUUCGAAUGACCCUUCAUUCCGCUCAGUCUCUUGGAGUUGCAAGUUUAAAAAGUGGUCAGUUAGAGGUUAUCAUGGAUCGUCGACUUAUGCAGGAUGACAAUCGAGGUUUAGGUCAAGGUGUACAGGACAACAAAAUAACAGCUAAUCUGUUUCGACUUCUGUUGGAGAAAAGAAGUGAAGUAAAUACGAAAGAAGAAAAGUCACCUGUCAGCUAUCCUUCUAUACUUAGCCACAUAACAUCAUCUUUUAUAAAUCAUCCUGUGAUUCCAAUGAUUACUUCUGCAGGCACUGUUAUCCCUUCACUUUUGAAUACUUUUUCUCCUUUAAUUUCAUCUAUGCCAUGUGAUAUGCAUGUAGUUAACCUAAGGACAAUACAGUCAAAGGCAGAUUCGGGGCCAUCUCAUGAAGCUGCCUUGAUUCUUCACCGAAAGGGAUUUGAUUGUAGGUUCACAAACACCGACUUAGGGCUCCUCUGUUCUACCACUCAGGGAAAGCUAAGGGUGCACAAACUCUUUAACAAGUUCCAUGUGGAAAGUCUAAUACCUACUUCCCUGUCUUUGAUGUAUUCAUCUUCAGAUGCCAGAAAUAUCAGUGAAAUUAGUAUGAGUCCUAUGGAAAUUAACACAUACAGAAUUCAGUUAAGAUGAAACUUGGCUUUUGGACUUGGAUACUAAGGAAAAUCUAUAACUCUGUGUCUUCUCAAAGAUUGAUGUGCAAUAAGAAGCACAUUUUUAUUCCAGCUUCUUGAUACUGUGACAGUACAUUCAUUUUAGAAUCUAUUUGAUCUUAAAUGCCAUAAAAGCCAUGAUGCAAAGAAUUUUUCUUAUUCUCUAAUAAAAUGCCAACACCAGUAUACAUGAAUACAAGAACUGAGGGAGAAACAAAGGAUAUUAUCUCUCAUCAACAAAGUGAAUCUCAGGUUAAAUAUUAGUUUAUGACUUCUAAGUUCAUAAUUUGUAUCUGAAAGGGAGCUAACACUGAAUUUAAAUUGUUUUCUGAUCCCUAGCUGGCUCUUAAAUACAUACAUUGUUGAAAUCACAGUAUGAGAUUGAACCUGAAAAUUCUCUGGUGAAGCUAUUGUCCAAAUACUUGUAAAGACUUCUAUAAAUGACUAUUUCAGCUUUUCCACAUGGAGUCUGCAUUUAUCCCACUCUAUCUAACUCUAGAGUGAAAUCCAAGAACCUUUGAGAAAUGUGGAAGAUUUUAAUUAUAUUAGCCAACCAUCUUGAACUGCAGAACUUAAAAUUCUGGAAUUAUACAUCUUUCUUGGAAAAUAUUUUAAAUCUGUUUUGUUACUUGACACAUUGGGAUACGUGCAAUUACUCCACUAUACAGAAAAAGGAAGAUGGAAGUCUGAGUACAAGUUUUUUUUUACCGAAUACUUGGAUACUAAUGCUCUCUGAAAUGUGUUUUCUAUUUCAAUUUAACCUUAUCAAAAUAAAUGUGCCUUAUUUUUUUGUA